CAGAGCUCCUAUAGAUAAGAGUAGAGAGGAACAGAGAGGAAGAAGACGAUGGAUGCGGUUGAAGAGAUAGUGAUUGUGGGAGCUGGAAUUUCAGGCCUUACCACUGCCUUGGGACUCCACAGGCUGGGUUUGCGAAGCUUAGUGCUGGAAUCAUCGCAUAGUUUGAGAGUGACUGGGUUUGCAUUCAUUACAUGGACCAAUGCGUGGAGGGCUUUGGAUGCUAUAGGCGUUGGAGACUAUCUCCGUCAACAUCAUAACCAGCUUUAUGGGUUGCAGUCUACCUCUGCAGUAUCAGGUCUUCAAACUUCAGAAAUAUCAUUUAAGGACAAAGGAAAAAAUGGAGAGCAUGAUGUUCGGUGUCUUCAGAGGAAGGUGCUAUUAGAAGCCCUUCUAAAAGAACUGCCAGAUGGCACAAUCAGGUAUUCCUCCAAGGUUGUUUCUGUUGAGGAAUCAGGCUACUUGAAGCUGGUGCAUCUUGCUGAUGGAUCCAUUCUUAAAACCAAGGUGUUGAUCGGAUGCGAUGGAGUGAACUCAAUGGUGGCAAAAUGGCUGGGCUUGAAGAAGCCAGCUUUUACAAGGCGAUAUGCCUUUCGAGCCUAUGCAUAUUUCAAGAGUGGUCAUGGUUUUGAGCCCAAAUUCCUGCAGUUCAAUGGGAAAGGUGUUCGAUGUGGUUUUAUCCCUUGUGAUGAUAAGACUGUGUAUUGGUUUAUGGCCUUUACACCUUCCAGCCAAGAAAAACAGAUGGAAAAUGACCCAGCUAAGAUGAAGCAAUUCGCAUUGAGCAAUCUGGGAAACGUACCUGAUCAAGUAAAGGCAGUUGUAGAAAGCACUGAAAUGGAUUCUUUUUCAUUAGCUCAAUUGAGAUUCAGAUAUCCAUGGGAGCUUCUAUGGGGGAAUAUCAGCAAAGACAAUGUUUGUGUGGCUGGGGAUGCACUCCACCCCAUGACACCAGAUCUUGGGCAAGGUGCGUGUUCAGCCUUAGAAGACUGUGUUGUCUUAGCCAGGUGUCUUGCUGAAGCAUUGUCAAAGAAACCAAAAAACAAAGCUAAAGAAAAAGAAGAAGAGGAGGAGGAAUUCAAGAGGAUCAAAAUGGGGUUGGAGCAAUACGCUAAGGAGAGGAGAUACAGAGGCAUUGAUCUCAUCACAUCUUCUUACCUGGUGGGUUUUAUGCAGCAGAGUGAUGGGAAGGUGUUGAACUUCAUCAGGGAUAAAAUCUCUGCACUCCUUGCUGGGGUGCCGUUAAAGAAGGCUGAUUUUGAUUGUGGGAAGCUCAGCAUGUCUUGAUGCAACUCUUAUGCUUUUGUUUUUAUUGUCAUGAGAUUCCUAAAUUUCUGAUUUCUAUUCCCUAAAAUCGGAUGGAACAUAGCUUCUUGAUAAUAGAAGGAUGUCCAUGCGUUUCUGUUUGUGUUUCUCAAGCAAAAUAAACCACCGCAGCUUCUCUUUUCUUGAUAAUAAAAGUACAAUAAAUUUUACUUUC